CUUUUCGUUUUUAUUUUAUAGGAAAUUUUUGGAAAGAAAAAUCCUUGGAUGGUUUUCUUGGAGAAACAAAGGGAAGAAGAAACCACAGCUCCAAACCAGGGGCUUUAACCUCCUACAAAACAACGACCCUUUCUCUGAUGGACGCUCAGAAAACCUCCGAAGAAGUCGUGACCGUCGAUGUCCAUACUGCUAAGGAUCUCAUUCGCUCAGGCCAUCGUUACCUGGACGUGAGGACGGUUGAAGAGUACAAGAAAGGACAUUUGGAAAACGCUUUGAAUGUACCUUAUAUGUUUAUUACGUCUCAAGGUAGGGUGAAAAACGCUCAAUUUCUGGAGCAGGUUUCAUUGAUUUGCAAUAAGGAAGAUCAUCUAGUCGUGGGCUGCCAAAGUGGGGUUCGAUCAUUGCAUGCCUCCGCUGAUCUUCUCAACGCUGAAUUCAAGCAUGUGAAGAACAUGGGAGGGGGUUAUGCUGCAUGGGUGGAGAAUGGUUUUGAUGUGAAGAAAUUGGAAGUUGAAUUGUAAUAAGGUCACUGUAAAUGAUAUUUACACUCGUUGGCUUUCUCCCUUCA